UUCGACUUCGGCCUCAUACGAGCGACUUCUGGGAGUUUUGCGCUCGUGGUUGGCUAUAAAGCUCCCUUUUUGAUAUCUGCGUGCCUGGUUCUGUGCAUCGCAAACCCCGCUUUCUUGUACCUCCUCAAGUCGCCAUGUCCGACUCCAAGGAUCAAGUCACCGUGCAGACGGGCAAGCCGGCAUCCCCGUCGCUGCCCAAGGAUUCCACCGUGACCGUCGUGCAGAGCGGUCUCACUGUACAGACGGAGAACGAGAAUGAGCCUUCGGCGCCGGCUGACAAGGUCGAUGAGCAGAAGAAGGGUUUCUUCGCCUUUCUCAAGACCAAGGAAUUCUACAUAAUCCUGGCUCUGGGUCAACUCCUCGCAAUUGCAAAUACGUCAACGAGUACCUUUACUACCCUUCUCGGCGAUGAGGGGUGGGCGAUCCCCACUUUCCAGACCCUCCUCAACUAUUUGCUGUUGACGGCGAUUUUCACUCCUUAUACGAUAUACCGCUACGGUUUCAAGGGCUGGCUCCGUGUUUGCUACCGUGACGGCUGGAAAUACAUCAUCCUUGCUUUCUGCGAUGUACAGGGCAACUUCUUUAUUGUGCUGGCAUACCAAUACACCACCAUGUUGAGCGCGCAACUGAUCAACUUCUGGGCUAUCGUCGUGGUCGUGUUCAUCUCGUUCCUCUUCCUCAAGGUGCGCUACCACAUCACCCAGAUUGCGGGCAUCGUCAUCUGUAUCGGCGGCAUGGGCGUUCUCAUCGCUUCUGAUCACAUCACCGGUACCAACGGCGGCGACAUCUCCAGCGGCCACCAGCUCAAGGGCGAUCUAUUCGCUCUGCUGGGCGCCUCCUUCUACGGCCUGACGAACACCGCCGAGGAGUACUUCGUUAGCAAGCGUCCCGUGUACGAGGUGCUGGGCCAACUGUCGCUCUACGGGAGCAUCAUUGAUGGCGUGCAGUCCGCCAUCUUUGAGCGCAGCAACUACCACACUUCCACCUGGGACGGCAAGGUGGGCGGCUACCUGGUCGGCUUCACGCUGUGCCUGACGCUGUUCUACUGCCUUGCACCUCUGCUGUUCCGUCUUUCCUCGGCAGCCUUCUUCAACGUCUCGAUGCUGACCAUGAAUUUCUGGGGCGUCUGCAUCGGCAUCAAGGUCUUCCACUACCACAUUCACUGGAUGUACCCAAUUGCCUUUGUGUUGAUCAUCGUCGGUCAGCUAAUCUAUUAUCUCGGCCAGAGGGCUCUCGCCGAGGCACGCAAGCCCUGGCUGGGUAAGAACCAGGAGGGCGGUAUCGCCGGUCUGUUCACUGCCAAGAAGCGCAUCGAGCAUGUCAUUCCCGGUGGUACUGAGCCGAGUGAGCACGAGCGUGCUCGUUCGCCCGUGGCCAAUACCAGUGUUGCUUAG